UCUGUCCCGCAGCUGGCCGACUCCGAGUUCUCUCCCGUCUUCCACCUGCUCACCAUCUUCGCCUACGGCACCUAUGCCGACUACCUGGCUGAAGCAGCAAACCUCCCUCCCCUGACAGAGGCUCAGAAGAACAAACUGAGGCACCUGUCAGUCGUCACUCUGGCUGCCAAGAUCAAGUGCAUCCCCUAUUCGGUGUUGCUGGAGCAGUUACAGCUGAAGAAUGUCCGGCAACUGGAGGACCUUGUGAUCGAGGCAGUGUAUGCAGAUGUGCUGCGAGGGAGCUUGGAUCAGCGGAACCAGCGCCUGGAGGUGGAUUACAGCAUUGGGAGGGACAUCCGGAGGGAGGAGCUAAGCACCAUCACCCGCACAUUGCAGGAGUGGUGCCAGGGCUGUGAGGUUGUCUUGUCUGGCAUUGAAGAACAGGUUAGCCGAGCCAACCAACACAAAGAACAACAGCUGGCACUUAAGCAGCAGAUAGAGAGUGAGGUGGCAAAUCUGAAGAAGACAAUUAAAGUGACAACAGCAGCUGCUGCUGCUGCCACAUCUCAAGACCCAGAACAGCACCUCACAGAGCUCAGGGAACCUGCCCCUGGUACCAACCAGCGCCAGACCAGCAAGAAGACUUCCAAAGCCAAAGGGCUCCGGGGCAGUGCGAAGAUUUGGUCUAAAUCAAACUAGUUGGAUCUCCCUUCACAGGUGGGAGGGUGAGAGGAAGAGACUUGGGACUCUUGCUACCCCUCUGUCUCCUAAGUGUGAUGCUUCUGAGCUCUUCUCUGAGAUCUGUCUUGGCAACUAAUUUUCCUGCAUGUUCUCUUUUCUGUCGUCUUUACUUCCUUUCUGGGCAAUGCUUCCCACCUUUUAAUCAUGACAUUUCACACUCUAAGCUUCCAGUUGAAUGUUUUGCUGUUUCCCCUACCCCUCAAGGUUCCAUCACCACAAUCACUAUUUCUUUCUCUCUCCCUGUCUUUUGACAGGUAAAUUUAAAGAGUCCUAAAAGUCUGUCUGUCACCUUUGCAUCUGUAGGGCAUCACAGAAGCUUGGAAAGAGUGCAGUGGUGCUCAGCAAUCAUUUUGGCUCUCUGAGACCCCUGGGACACCUUGUUCCAGGAUGCAGCUGCCAUCUUUGAUUGUUUAAUCUUCGUUUUGCUAGGUGGGAGGGUAGUUUUUGAAGGGAUUCUUUUAAAAGAAUAUAAAUAUAUUAUAAAUAUAUAUAAACAAUAAAAAUAUAGAUCUAUAGACAUAUCUA